CCGGAAGUGGCAGCGGCGGCCGCGCUGGGAGGGAGGGAGGGAGGGAAGGAGCCCAGGAGGGGCCCAGGUCCCUCCCCACCCCCGGCCCGGGCCGGCGGGGAGCAGAAAAUGCUCUGAAAGAAGAACUGGACAGCAGCUCCCAAACUGAAUCUGUCUGCAGAAGUCUGCCUUCCUCCAGAGGCCUCUUUGUGCUCUCCCAAAGCUCUGCAGCAGCCAAACUCUGCCAGUGAUGGGCUCCGAGAACAGCGUGCUGAAGAGCUACAGCCUGCAGGAGCCUCCCUGUACCCUGCCCAGCGGGCACACCCUGUACCCUGCACUGCUACAAGAUGGCAAAAGGGCCUCUGUCUUCGUGUACAAGAGAGAGAACCAAGAGAACGUCAAUAAAGCUGCCAAGCACCUGAAAACCUUGCGCCACCCUUGCCUCCUGCGCUUCCUCUCCUGCACCGUGGAAGCCAACGGGAUCCACCUGGUGACAGAACGUGUGAAGCCUUUGGGGAUGGUCCUGGGGACACUUUCUUCUGCAGAGAUCUGUGCAGGGAUCUACGACGUCUUGCUGGCACUCAUCUUCCUCCACGACAGGGGAAACUUAACCCAUAACAACGUCUGCUUGUCAUCUGUGUUUGUCAGUGAGGAUGGGCACUGGAAGCUGGGAGGGAUGGAAACUGUCUGUAACUUCAGUGAAGCCACCCCAGAGUUCCUCGGUCAUGUCAAGCUGGUACGAGACCAGUCGUGCAUCCCCUGUGAGGAGAUGUCUGCAGAUUUCCAAAUUCUGCCCAGCAGCUGUGGGCAUGCCAGGGAUGCCUACGCGUUUGGGACAAUGGUUGAAAACCUCCUGACAGUCCUGAACGAGCAGGUUUCAGCAGAUAUUCUCUCCAGCUUUCAGCAAACCUUGCGCUGCACAGUGCUGAACCCAGACCCAAAGUGUCGCCCUCCUCUCUCCAGCUUGUUGUGCCACGAGUUCUUCAGGAAUGAUUUUCUGGAGGUUGUGAACUUUCUGAAGACCUUAACACUAAAGUCUGAGGAGGAAAAAACUGAAUUUUUCAAAUUCCUGCUGGACAGGGUGGCUGGCUUGUCAGAGGAGCUGAUAGCAUCAAGGCUGGUGCCUCUCCUGCUCAAUCAGCUCGUGUUUGCAGAACCUGUAGCUGUCAAGAGUUUUCUUCCUCACCUGCUGGGUCCAAAGAAAGAGCAAACUGGAGAAAACCAGCCCAGCUGCCUCCUCUCCCCAGCCUUGUUCCAGACACAUGUCAUUCCUGUGCUGCUGAAGCUGUUUGAGGUCCAUGAGGAGCACGUUCGGAUGGUGCUGCUGUCUCACAUCCACGCCUACGCAGAGCUCUUCACUCGGGAGGAGCUGAAAAACAUCAUAUUGCCACAGGUAUUGCUGGGCCUUCGAGAUACCAGUGACUCCAUUGUUGCCAUCACACUGCACAGCUUGGCAGUCCUCGUCUCCCUGCUUGGACCUGAAGUGGUUGUAGGUGGAGAAAGAACAAAGAUUUUCAAAAGCUCUGCUCCAAGUUUCAUGAAAACUGCUGAUCUCUCCCCAGAAGACUCACCCAGUCAUGUAAGCAAUCAGAGAAAUCAAAGCUCCAGGCCCCUGAAGAACAACUCCAGUGUGUUCCCCAUCUCUGGAAAGAUACCUGUCAGGAAGCUUUCUGUGCCACAAGACAAUCCUCUGGCUUUAGAGACAGGUCAGCAAGACACUGAGUCCCCCCUGAAGAGAAUUCCUGGAAGCAUUAACACACUGGGGAGCAGCAGGAGCUCUUUGACUACCUCUGAAAAGACAGCAGAGGAGUGGCCAGACUGGAGUGAGCCAGAGGAGACAGACACUGAGAAAACUGUGAACAUUCAAAUUCAGCCCCAAGAGCUGCGGGGCAGCAUGGGACCUUAUUUUCCUGAAGGUGAUGUAGAUGAGAAGCCUUGGGAUGACUUUGAGCCCAGCAGCCCCAGUCCUGAGCUGUCCUCAGGAAACUGCCUCACUGUGACACAAGCUGAUGCAGCUGGAAUGCCAAGGCCUCUGCCAGGUACCCACCAACUGAGCAAAGAUUUCAGAAGCCUCAGAAUGAGUCCCCCCACAAAGUCUUGCCCCAGGAGCAGCUGGAGCAGUGGCAAAUGGGACCAGCAGGAACAGCUGGGAGAAACUGUGCUGCCAAAACCAACCUUUCAGGAAAGGUUAAAGCCUUCAUCAGAGUCUGGCCUAGGAGAAGAAUUCACAAUCAAAGUGAAGAGGAAACCUGUGCAAGACCCUGAGCUGGACUGGUUUGCUGACAUGAUCCCAGACAUCAAACCUUCUUCAGCUAUCUUUCUGUUACCUGAAGCAAGGACUGAAGCAGAAGUUCCCAGUCACUCUGGUCCAGUACCCAGCAGAGAAGGUGCCUCCCAGAAUGUGCUGUUUUCAUCCAAAUUUGCAGCAGCUGAUGUUAUUGAGGCUGAAGCUGCAGGCUGGGGUGAAGAAGAGGAGCUGAACUGGGAAGAUGAUACUAACUGGUAAUGGGACUGACAGAGACAAAUGCAACGUAUGGUGUGCUGGAUGCUGUAAGAGAAGUCACUGCUUCCUCAGCACAAUGGAUGAGUACCUCAGCUGCUUCUGCCAGGAGGCAGGAGAUUGCUGCAGCAGCCAGCAAGAUCUCAUGGGGCCCCAGUCUUGCCAUGGAUGCUCCUUUCCAGUCUGUGCCAAAAACUGCAGGGGUGAGGCCUGCACCCAAGCAAUAUGCCCAGCAGUGGUGUGUGACACUGCUGCCAGAGGGAGGAACAGCACCAGGGCUGUGCUGGUGCUGAUGUGCAGCUGCAGGCAUGAGGGGUGUAAGCAACUGUUCCAGAACUCAUCCCUGCUCUUAAAACUGAUGACAAUAAAUUAAAGUCACACUGA